CGUCGCCUCGCAGCCCGGCGCGGCGGGUUCCGGGCGCGCACAGGCGCGUUUCGCACCGCUCGCGGACGGCGCUCUUAGCUGCCCGGAGAAGCAGGGCCGGCAUGUACGAAUUUGUGUAUCUUAAGGUCUCCAACGUCCGGCCCUGCCAAACGGCUCACCACGACCACCCAGGAAACCGAGUUCGCAGCUGCGCGCCCGCCGGGGUGCCUGCGCGUCGAAGCCGACCCCGAGCCUCUUCUCCCGCAGGAUAGUGUCUGCGCAGCGACGACCCACCGGUUUCCCGGCAGGCCGCGGGCGUGGAGGCGCUGUACGGCGCCGUCUGAUGACUAGUCUUACCCGCGUGCGGCGGCCCGGCCUUGGGCUUCGCGGCGCAGCCUGAUGACGCAGGGCACCGGAGCGCUCGACUGGGCAGGGGGUGCGGCUGCUGGCGCCAUGGGGAAGACGCAGGUGUGUCCUCCACGAGCUCUUCCACCCUUACCAAGUGGUGUUAAAGAUGAUAUUCCACGUAGUCAUCCUAAGAAAAAGAAGUCCAGGUCAAAAAGCUUGAGAGCUAGUGCUUCUUCAGAAGUCCUUGCUGAGCCUGUGCCUCAUAGGCCAUCAGAAGGCAGUGAGCCACCAACUACAGCACUCAAAGAGGAUUCCGAAACUCCUGCUCAGAGGAGGCAGAAGAGAACAAGACCACCUCUUGAGUGUGAGACUUCCUUUACCCAAAAGAAAACAUCUAGUCCGUCUUUAUUACGAAAUGAAAAUGGUAUUGAUAUGGACCCUGCUGAGGAGGCAGUUGCUCAAAAACCUCGAAGGAAGGCAAAGAAAGCCAAGCCAGAGCUACAGUAUGCUAAUGAGCUAGGAGUAGAAGAUGAAGACAUAAUUACCGACGAGCAAAGAGUUCCAGAACAACAGUCUAGAUUCACUGCACCUACUGGAAUUAGCCAGCCUGUAGGCAAAGUAUUUAUAGAAAAAAGCCGGCGAUUCCAGGCUGCUGAUCGUUCAGAAUUGAUAAAGACCACAGAAAACAUAGACGUGAGCAUGGAUGUGAAGCCUUCCUGGACCACCAGAGAUGUGGCGCUUUCCGUGCACCAGGCUUUCAGGAUGAUCGGUCUUUUUUCUCACGGCUUCCUGGCGGGCUGCGCUGUGUGGAAUGUUGUUGUGAUAUAUGCUCUAGCCGGAGAGCAGCUGUCAAACCUCCCCAACCUACUGCAGCAGUACAAGACCUUAGCAUAUCCGCUCCAGAGUCUCCUGUACUUGCUGUUGGCUCUGAGUACAGUUUCAGCUUUUGACAGAAUUGACUUUGCUAAGACGUCAGUAGCAAUCCGAAAUUUUUUUGCCCUGGACCCAACAGCUUUGGCAUCUUUUUUGUGCUUUACUGCUCUUAUACUGUCUCUGAGUCAGCAAAUGACAAGUGACAGGAUCCACCUUUACACACCUCCUGUUAACGGCAGCCUUAGGGCAGCAGGAAUUGAGGAACAGAUUCUGCAGCCAUGGAUUGUGGUGAACUUGGUGGUGGCCCUUCUGGUGGGGUUGUCGUGGCUGUUUUUGUCUUACAGGCCAGGCAUGGAUCUUAGUGAAGUCUACAGCAGUAGUUCCUCAUCCAGUCACAUGCUGAAAAUAUUCGGGGACAUAACUUACAAAACGAGUAGCCAAAGAGAGACUGAGCCAGGCAGAAGCUCCUGAUGAACCUCUUCACUACCCUCUUCUGGUUGGUUGGUUGGUUGGUUGGUUUGAGUAAGAAGAACUGUGAGCAGAAAAUCUGUAUUUCCUCACUGUUUGUCAGGAAGAUCUUUGGCUUUCCAGGAUCCUUGCUCCUGAGAUACGGCUCCUGCACUGGAAAAGCUGUCUUCACAGCUGUAUCCUGCGUUUUCUCAACUGGCAGCUCUGAGACCCAACAACUCAGAAUACAAGACAUGCAGAGGGAAGGAGCAACUCAAAGGCUGUGGACCCCAGCAGUAGAACUGUCAGGCCUGCCCUCGUGAGCAAGCGGUCGGAUGUUGUGGAACAGAAGAGGACUGACAGGUUGAUGGUAGGGACUGGUGCCCUGAGUUAAUACAGAAUUGGUGCAAGCACCACAUUAGGAAUAUCUUCUGCUUUCUGUAAGGCUGGAGCUGCUGAGUAGAGGUUCCUUCUGCCGUCGGAACUGUGAAUAUGCCAGCAAUUCUGAAGUCAUCGUGCAAGUUCUGGCUUCACUGUAGUCACCAGAGGUUCACAUGUGACAGCACACUACUAGGGAAGGAAUUCACAAUCCCCCUUGUCUGCAAACUGCAGAGACGCCAUGCUCAUCAGACCUGAAACACCGGAACAGUAUCAUCAAGGAGCAGUAUCCGAAGCUGGGUGUGGUGGUGGCACAUACCUGUAAUCCCAGCACUCAGGAGACCGAGGCAGGAGGAUCAUUGUGAGUUU